AUGGCGGGGGAGUACGGCCGGGAGCCGUGCCCAGAUCGCAUCCUCGAUGACGUAGGCGGGGCGUUUAGCAUGGGCGCGGUGGGCGGCGCUGCGUGGCAUUUCAUUCGCGGGGCUAAGAACUCUCCGCGCGGGGAGCGCCUCAUCGGCGGAACGCAGGCCGUGCGGAUCAACGCGCCGCGCAUCGGCGGAAGCUUCGCGGUGUGGGGCGGGCUGUUCUCAACGUUCGACUGCUCAUUAGUGUAUCUCCGCCAGAAGGAGGACCCCUGGAAUUCCAUCGCCGCGGGUUUCCUCACCGGCGGCUUCCUUCAGUUGCGCGCGGGCCCGCGAUCCGCGCUGCAGUCCGCCGUGUUCGGCGGAGUUCUGCUGGGGCUGAUCGAGGGUGCGGGGAUCAUGCUCAACCGCAUGACUUCCGCGCUUCCGCCUCCCCCGCGCGACGAGCCUCCCCCCGCGCAGAUCGAGCCGCCCAUGAGCAUGCCGGUGGUGGUCCAACCCGCCGCUCUUCCCGCUGCCGCCGCCCCUACCCUGUCUACCCAACCUGAGUUAGUCAGCCCCGGCGCUGGUGGCGCUGUGACGUUGCCGAACGUAGAACUCAGCCCUGGAUCUGGCUCGGCGGCGGUACAGACUGGUCCGGUUGCAUCAGAAAGUAGCACGUCGUCAGGCUGGGGAGGGUGGUUCUCUUGGGGGGGCGCAGGGGGGGAGAAGGGCGCUCAAGGGGGAAGCAGCAGCAGCAGUGGCGGGGUGAGUGGCGGAGAGAAGCAUGAUGUGUUUGCUGCUAAUCCGCCGCCUAAAGCACCAGAGUUUGCUGCUGGAGGGGAUGAUUCGUGGUUGAGACAGAACACAUGGCCAUCAAUUGCAGAGUAA